GUGGAAGGGGGGGGCGGGGGUGUCUUCCAGCCUGGGAGGGCUCAGCGAUGUCUUGAUGGAGUAUGGGCCAGGUCUUAGGAUUCUCCCACUGCCAGGAAUAUGGCUCAGUGGCCUCCACUCCAGAUUCGACGCCCCCAUGCACUGACGGUGGUAACGAGGAGUCGGAGCUGUACGAGCUGCAAACGGCGAGGGACUGGUCCGAGGAUGAAGAGGUCGGAUACGAUGACGACGACACGCUGGCCUCCUCGCCGUCAGUCUGGGGCACCCCGCGUCAGAACUCCCUCGAGCUGACCUUCUCCUACAUCGCCAUCGCCGAUGCCGAAUCCGCGGGGGGCUUACGUACCCACCGGGAGAGACGGCGAGGCGGCUCGCGGGGAAGCCGCACCUCCCUGGUGCGUACGGACACCCCGGAGACGCCGCUGGACUCCCCCGACGGCGACUGGGACCCUCAUGGCUUGACGAGUCGGGCGGAUGAGCAAGAAGGUGCCGUGGAUGUGAGGACCACCAGCCCAAGAAGGAGGAGGCGGCAAAAUGAGACCGUCACAAUGCAGCCAUCGCCCCAAUCUGUGGACGUAGAGACUCAGGAGGGCGACACGGGGAUCCGAAGUGAGGAGAGCGCUUUGACCCAAAUGCAACCACCAAUACGUCCAGCACCGAGCCCCGAGCCCGAGUCACCCGUCGUUCCAGCCGAGCCCCUCCAACCGACUGAGCCCAAAUCCAUCUCCCCGGAUGCCAUCGCUCCAGAUACUCAGGAAAAUCCGCUCAACCCGUGUUGGGACUCAGCCCUUAAGCCCUCAGACAGCGCCACAGUGUGGCCACACAUAACAGUCAUGGACCUGAUCUACUGGAAGGACACGGAGCGAACGGGAAUAAUCCUGACGGCCCUGGUGGUGGGUCUCCUGUGCCUGUUCCAGCUCAGCAUCAUCACUGUGGUCUCCACGGUGUCUCUCGCCGUCGUCUGCGUCACCAUGUCAGUGCGCAUCUACUACAAUAUCCUCCAUGCCCUCAAAUGGGGCGACGGAGAACACCCUUUCAAGUCAUACUUGGAGAUGGACAUCAGUUUGAGUGGAGAGCAGGCUCAGUUGUACAUGCAGAAAGUCAUUGUCAUGACUCUGCAAGCUGUGGAUAGUUUGAAAAGACUCUUCUUCGUCAGCUGCCUCUUUGAAUCCCUCAAGUUGCUGGUCCUGCUCUACCUUGUUACAUACCUGGGAGAUUUGUGCAAUGGCCUCACCCUCCUCAUCAUCGGUGUGAUUGGACUCUUUUCUUUGCCACUUUUCUACCGUCGGCAUCAGGAGAAAGUAGACGGCUUCAUUGGAAAGAUCCAAGCAAUGGUUGACAAUGUUAAGGACUUCUUUCGAAGAUUGGCUCACAGCGGGGCUCUCCCGCCCAACCUGCCCCCUGGUGAUGAUGCCAAAGAAAAAAUCCAAUAAACACCGAUGGAUGGAUGACAGGAUCACGAAGCGCUGCGGGCCCGUUACUCCAAUGUCUUACCCAGCAAGCCGUCCCAGCUCCGCACGACCAAGCUGCUGAGUUCCGGAAGGAAGAUGUGGUGUUUGCUAAGUUAUUGGGUUUUUCGAGGGUUGAUUCUUAAUCAAGACGUAUGAAGAAACAUUUUUUUUUUUAAUACCCAAGUAAGUGUCUGUUGAAAGCUGUCGUCCAAAUGAGGCUCCUGAAACUUUAUGUUGACUUGUGUUCUCAUGAUUGUUUCAUGUGUAUGCGUGCGUGUGAGAAAAAGAAAUCACUCAAGCAAUUAAAGUCCCUUUUUGUCUUUUUUCAGACCUUUCUUUUUUCUUUUUCUCCUGCCCUUUGUAUUUCCUCACAUCAUCUCAUCACUUUGUGCAUGAUUGAUGUUUGACCAUCAAUUACCGUACUGUAUGGGCCAAGCUGGUGGGGCGUCAUUGUGAUCAAAAAGGAUGAGGAAAUGUAUGCGCAGGUGCCUUUCUAACUGCAGGAUCAAAUGUAUUCAGGAAGAAUUUGCGCUUCUUCACACAAACAAACAAACACCAUCCCUUGGUUACCUGCACCCUCUCCUACAAAGAAUGGACUUUUGUACCUGGACGAUGCCUUUGUGAUGACAUGACAAUGGCUAUCUUGUUAGGAAAAUCACUUUUAGAAAUAAUAAAGUUGGUCGGGGUAGUCUCCAACA